AUGGAAGCCCAAUUGACACCGUUGCAGCAGAAUGUAUUAGAUAAGUAUAGCACACUGGCCACUUCGUUACACUCGCUGGAUGCUGCGAUCCAGGAGUUGAACGCAAACCAACGUAAUAAGGACAAAACUAAUGCGUCACCGGAAGAAGUAUUAGCAGAGAUGAGAGAGCUAGAAGUGAAGUUAGCAUUAGUUGGAACAUUGUUAAAAGGUAGUGUUUAUUCGUAUGUGCUGAGCAACCAAGGCCAGAAGGUAUAA